AGUACACACUACAGUGUAGAGUUCCUCGCGGUGCGACGGCUCAUUGCACACAACGCCGACAGGGGGCGGUGCUGGAUAGCGAUAGUACACACACUGCCGUGAGUGCUCCAGCAUUAGUCUUGUGUUUACAGCGGUGAAGUGUGGACGGCGGCGUACAGUGCUGUACUGUGAUGAAGGAUGUAUCCGAACCCCACUAUCUUUUCGUGGACCCGACUUCGUGGACAUGAUACACGGUACAAACAGGAACAAUCAUGGUUGAUGCGAGCAGGGUGAAACGCUGGUUCGCCCUUUGCCAAGGAAUCAAAUGGACAUUGCUCCUUUUUGGAUUUGUCAAUGUAGUUGCGACUUUUGGGUGUCCGGGUAUUUGUUUCUGUCCAUCAGUGUCUCGAUAUGUUCAUUGUUCCAGGAAAAAUCUACCUUUCAUCCCUAGUGGUAUUUCCAAUGAAACGACUCAUUUGUCGCUGAACUAUAACAACUUCCAGAACCCGAACCUGAGCCGGAGUAAUUUCACAUACCUGACAUCAUUGGAACAACUGUUUCUCAUUGACUGUGGAAUAGAACAUAUAGAGGUGGAUACUUUCAUCGACCUAAAAAAUCUUGAAUGGGUAGAUAUAAGUAAGAAUCGACUGAAGAUCAUUUACGAUAAUACAUUCCAGGGGCUUCAUUUAAACCAUUUGUUCUUAAACGACAACCCCGGAAUGGUACUUUCUACCAAUGCUUUCAUGGGACUAAAGGCAAUGGGCUUGUACAUAAACAACUGUGCCAUAGCAGACAUCAGGAUAGAACAUAUAAAACCAUUGAACGGCACCUUAAAAGCAUUAUGGAUGGAUGGAAAUAAAAUUGAAUAUUUUGAUAAGGAAUGGAAAUAUUUAUUUAACACUCUGAGUCAUGUGAGAUUGGGAAACAACCCCUUACAUUGUAACUGUGAAAUUAAGUGGUUGUACAAUUUCUACGUGUCGCAUGAUACAGUAUUUGCAGGGGUGGAUCCACCCUCCUGUCGUACCCCUCCCCGACUCAGGGGCAAACAUUUAAACACUCUCACAGAACAAGAUUUCAGAUGCCAAUUGCCAGUGUUUAAAACAGUGGACGUUAUUUUUGUGGAGUCGUUGGGUAAGCUGACCUGUCUUGCUAGUGGUGAUCCAGUCCCAACAAUUAUCUGGGUAAAGCCAGACAAAACGAUAGAGGUUUAUGCUCCUAAAGAGGUCACAGACGCACCCGCGGACAAUGAGGGGGUUUUGUACUUAGAGGAUCCAAAGGCAGAAGGAAACGUCAAAUAUCAGUGUAUAGCUCAAAAUGCUGCAGGUAACGUAACGUUUACUUUGAGUGUGCGUUGGCCACCUUCCUAUUCCCAGGAGUUUGUGCAGGACCCAGGUAUCGUAGAGGCGAAACCUACCCCGGCAAUCCACACCCCACACAACAAACAAACCCACCCGCAACGGCCAGAGCCAAACGCUACCAAAGGAAUAACUAAAAACAAACAACAGAUAGUUAUUAAUGCGGGACAGUCCUCUGGGAUUAGCCAGGUAGCUUCGAACGAACCGGAAACGGAAGUAAUAUUUUCAAUUAUUGACAUCGUUGGUGCAGUGGUAGGGACAUUUCUCUUGACGUUACUUGCUUGCAUCGUCAUAUUUCAUUUAUUUCAUCGUCAUCAAGAGAGAUUUUUCUAUAGAGAACAAAAUGGCGUGAAUGAAAACCGAGUAAAUAAUAAACACCUUGUUACGGACGUGCGCAACGAGAACGUAAAAAUGCUACAAAAUACCCACUGCACUGUAUGAUUGGUGAAAAUCAAAAUUUGUCAGAGAGUUGUUAGACCGACUCGGAUCUGACAUGUGUGAUAUCUUUUUCUAUCUUUUUUGUUAACUAUAAACAAAACAUUCGUUAUUCUAUGAGGGACUUUUAUGACACAUUGUUAAAAUAUAAGAGUUAAAUGAGAGAUCUGUCGUUUCUGGAGAGGUGAACAAAAAACAAAAUCAUUCACGGAUAUGUUUCCUCUUUUGAAUUUCAUCCUUUAUAUCACUUUAAAACAUUACCAUUUCCAGAGGUCGUGAAGAGCGUUAGAUUGAUCUGUAUUUACCACAUUGGUGUGCAACUACUGCCUAUGUAUUUGUCGUUUUAAACGACUACAUCUGUGUUUGUAACGGAUUGUGUAGAAAGGUAUAUUGGAUAAAGAUUAUUUCAAGACAUGAUAUUGUGUAUGUGAGAGAAAAAUCUCUCGUGAUUCUGGAACCAUCGCGGAUUGCUAAUAUCGUUUUUCUAUUUACCAGGAUUAUAAGAAAAACAAGAAACUCCGUCAUUUUCUGUUUGUUUUAUCCUCUUUUCCAGUGUUCGGGGGAUAGUGUUAAUAUCACACUCGGUGUUAACGUUUGUGAUGCUAUUUUAUCAUUUUUACGAGGAUCUUGAGUGUUUAUCUUUGUGGACGUAUGUGUCUCUUCCAUGACAUGUCGCCGUUAAAAUGGUCUCUAGUCUAUUGUCAGGGGCCAUGUCAAAGGUCAUUUCCUGUGAGAUGUUGACAAGUGGACAUAAAAGUGGUCAGUGUUGACAUUUAUAUAUUGUGUGAUGGAUGUUUCUUUCUCGAGAUCCGACAUUUGUAAGAAUGUCCAAAUCAAACCUGAACAAUCUACACCAUGAAUUGAAUGUUACAAAAAUGGCUGCCGCAUCGAAUCCUAAAAUGUAAGAAAGUGGGUCAACCGCUAUGUAUGUUUAUAUAAGUUGAAGAAAAACAUUCAGAAUAUGAUUUUAUUAUUUCACCAUCCUACAUAUAUAUUUUUGUUGAAAAGAUUAUUUUUAAUUGAAACAAUGAUCAAUUUCAAUUCGAACAAUAGAAAAAUGUAUUAUUAUUUCAAUCUUGUUUUAUUGAGACGAACAUUUCUGCUACGAAAAUGCAUUAUCAAAUUAUGACAUUUAUUUAAAAUCCAUUUUCUGAAUGUUUUCCUUCUCGGAAUCAACUAUGAUGUAAAUAUGGUACACUCGAAUGUAAAACUGAUGUUAAGAAUGAUCCAGUUUUAUGACGAACAAGAGAAUUCUGUAAUUUUGAGUAACAUUUGCUUUGUUAAAUUUGAUGAUUUUUUUUAUUAUUAUUGACUCUGAAAUAUAUUCAUUUAUUUUGUUUCAAAUGCUCAUUUCACAUAUUCACGUAUACUUUAGCACAAAACAAUAUUUAAUUCAAAACUAUAUCAACUUCAUAUUUUUAAAGCAAUAUCUGAAAAAGAUAUAUAUAUAUAUAUAUAUAUUAUAUCUUGAAAGGCACUGAUUAUGAAAUGCUGUGUAUUAAAUUAUAAGUGCACAGUCACUACGAUGAAAAGACGAGAGUGAUUUAACUACAGCCGUCUGAGACACCCAUUAGUAACACCAUUUACACAUCAACACGACCAGUUUCUGUGAUAGCCUCUGUACAGACCACUUGUAACUGUAUAUAUAUGGAGAUGUUAGACAUUUAAGAUAGGAUCAAAGAUGUUUAGUUAUCUCCAUGGCCUGAUGAUUCUGUAAUAUGUGACCAUCUGCCUAAAGCUCUCGCAUUCCCACACCUUACCGGUCCUAAGUACCCUCGAUGUAGUUGUCCUGUGGUGACGAUUUUUGAUUUGUCAAGUGACAAGACAUUGGCACUUUAAAUAUGUAUGAUGUUACAUAUACAUAUUUAUCCCUGCGAGAAAACAGCGUUCCUCGACAUGUUGACCUUGUCAGUUGUCCACAGGCUGUUUAACCUCUCGUCCUGACCGCUCACCUGUAGCAUUAUAAACUAAAUUAUCACGGCCAUCGCUAAGUGGGUGUGAAUUCUAUGAAUGACACUUCCAUUUAUGAUGUAAAUACUCGACAUAAGUGUAAUUUGUCGCCGUACUGCUAAACAGAAACAGUAUCCUCCUGUGAGACGGGUAACAUAAUGCUACGUAAUUUAACAGGCUGAACAGGAGUUUAAAACGUUUAAUACUGACUCAUUUAAGUCAAAUUCUAUGUGAAAUUAUUUUUAUCUUCAUGUAACUUUAUACAUUUUUCUUAAGUAGGUAAUUCUCCAAUGGACAUAAAUGCCACUCAAAUACCUCUGUUGCUAAUUCAUUUUCCUAAUAGUUUAAACAACAUUAUAUUUGCAGUUUGGUUUUAAGAUUCAGGGAAGUAAUUUUAUGGUCGUAUGUUAAAUAUUUCAUUGAAAAUAAGCAUAUCAGUUUUCUAUAAGAAUGUCGGAACGAUUUUUUAAACACGUUUAAUAAAUUUCACAUAAGCACAAUUUUAUUUUUAAGAAAGCAAACAGUGCCAGAUGCUAGUUGAAAAUAUAUUUUUUGGAUGCAAAAAAAAACAAAUAAAAAUACAAUGUCUUCCGUUAUUUACAAAGAAGACGAUCUACUCUCCGUGUUAGUGGCAUAUUCCCGUGGUGUUUUAGAGGGGAUCACAGGUAAAAUCAUAGGUCUGUGAUGUAUGGACGCUACCCCUCUAACACUCGACCUAAAGCCGGGUUAUUUAACGCUGGCUUCCAUCACAAUAGCUAUAGACGUGUGUUCACAUAAAUAGACGACGGAAUUAGAAUGUGAGGUAAACACACUGAUGUUUAAUUAACACGGGAUAUAGCGUCCCUGUGUAGUAGUAUAAUCUACUUACUGAGAUCUACCGCGCGUCAUUUUAUAUCAAUCAGCCGAUAUGUUAUUCAUGUCGGCUACUUCAUAUAAAAUGGCUUCCGUCCGGACUGCUGAUAGAAGCCUCGGUGGCUGCCAUGUUGUCCAAGAAGAAGCCUUAUGUAAACACCGCGUUCACCUUACAGGAACUUUUGUUAUUCUAAGCCAGCCGUAGGUUCAAUAUUCAUGAACGGGUAUUUUUAUUAGAAUUUCCCCUCAGCAUCUUAAUGGAUUAAAGUAAAGACUAGAGUGUAUCAUAUGCAAUGUAGAUGUACGAUUGUGAUGAAGCAUAAGGCAAGAAACAGUCUAGCAUAUGUUUACUUUCGAAUUAAUAUGAGUAUCAUCAAUAACCAGUAACCUAUUUAAUGACUUAAUGGUUUAAGAAUAACAUUGAGCAAUGACGAUUAACCUAACACCACACGAACCCACCUGGUGGAUGUCCAGUUUGUUGACCUACCGAUUCGUUAAUUAUUCAUGACAGGUAAUUUAUCAGGAAAUGGAUUCUCAAGACAACUUGAUCAUAUAACUGUUAUACGAGGUCGUAUACACAUGAUUACCAAGCAUCGUCAACACGUCGAUUCUGCUGUUAAUUUGCCGCAGGUAUAUGACACCAGAUUUAGCAUGAUUACAUUGGAAAAUCAUCUUUCACUUUAUCGUGCGAAAACACAAGUCAAUUCGGAACAAUCCGUUAUCAAGAUCGUAUUUAAAGAUACCGUCGUCGGAACUAAUCGCCUUUGUGUUUGUGGCACACGACGCGCAAUGGUGGUCUCAUAUAUAUCAUAUGGCGGUACAAAAUGUCAAACCAGUCCGUGAAAGUUGCUUAUCAUCGAGCUAUUUUGUUAAAUCUCCGCCAUUUUAUGCUGGAAAUUUGUCUUUGUCGUAAAUCAAUCGAUUGGUGUUAAGAAGCCAUUACCAUUGUUGAUGUCGAAUUUCUGAUUGAGAUCGUGUCUGUAUGUUUGGGCUGCGUAAAUUCCACAACUAAUUACAUAGAAGGACAGAUAUUUUCGAAAAUUAUUUCUAACUAAACAAAAAUUAUAGAUUAAAUAGCAUAAAUUUGAAUAUUUGAUCAAUUACAGAUUUUCGAAAAUUAUUUCUACCUAAAUAUGUUUUUAUAGAUUAAAUAGCAUACAUUUUAAUUUUUGAUCAAUUUAAAGUGACAUUAUUUAUCCAAUACAGGAAUUUUGAAAUAUUUAGAUGAAAGUUUAUCUGCAAUAAUUUACAACAUCGUUACGCAUGCAGAACAUACAACAUAAGCAAAUUAAUUUGAAUCCGUAAGCCAAAUUUAACGAAUCUCAAUCUUCGAUAAAUAAUACACUACCUGAUAUAAAUUGAAACAGCACUGAACAAAAUGUCAGGUAACAAAAGAGGAAACAGGAACACAUUUUAUAGAACAGACAAUCCAAUCCAUGACAAACAAUGAUAUGGUUAAAAUAAAUUAUUAUGCUUGAUAUUUUUACCCCAUCUGUUAUACUAUCAGUUAAUAUACAUAAACACAAUCACAGAGUGUGUAACACCCACGGUACACACCCUCAACACACAAGAAGUAAUGCAAUAUUGAUUUACACACGGUUAAAGUCCAGGUUUUAAUUUGAAUCUAUAAUUAUUUUUUUCAUGAUAGCUAAAGCAUCGCGUUCGGGGCCUGAUUUAAUAUUCAGAAGUAACAAAUGUUGUUCGCUUGAGGGAUCACAUUUUAAUGUCAAGAAAAUAAGAUAUAAUUGAAUUUUGCGACGCAUAUUCAUAUUUCAGUGAACUUAUAAAUCAGUGAAGCAUAAACCUGUAAUUUGUCCUCUAGGAAGAAUGCAUCCAUGUGUAUUUGAGCUAUUGGUGACAUUCCUCGCACGAAUCGAUGGCUGAGUUAUGUUCAGAAAAUACAUUUUCACAGACACGGCUACUUUGUACUAAUGUUUUUAUAUUUUAUCACCAUAAGCUGGCAACAAACCUCAGCAUUAUGUGUUUAUGGUUUACAGAAGAAAAGCUAAGUUAUAACCCGGAUUUGUUCAUCCGUCAAUAUUUUGCCUGAUACUUAGGAAGCUACUUAACACAAAUCCCCAAGGUAUACCGUAGGUGCUAAGUUUACCGAGGCGUACGGCGUGCUGGGUUUCCUCCAUAAAAAUUAACUUUAUCGAUUGAGCUAGCCCUUCGUGACUAUGCUGUAAGUCAUCUGAUAGACAAGUAAUCACACAGGAUAUAGUUUUACUGAAAUGUCAGCUGGUCACAUCCAUAGACCUGCCAAUCUAAUGGACACCCAACACAUCCACAUACAUGUACAUUUCUUUUCAUACCAUGAUGGUUAGUUCUCAUAUAAGUCAUUAUUCCAUCAUUAAAAUUGAGUAACAUACGUUUUUGUUUGGUACCACAAAUCACUUGACUGUCGAGGACACAAAUUGUUCGCGCUUUAAUUCAUGAAAUGACGUUGAAAUAUCUAUCGCAUGGAUACCGUGAAAAUAUAUGUCCCUGACAAAUGUAAGUGGUUAGCAGUAUCAAACUAUAUUAAGUUCAUUUCUAUUCCUUAUGAUCACACUAUUACAUUUCACUGCUUCCACUCAUUUUUAGCCAAUCAGAUUAGUUAGAUUUUUCACUUCUUACCAGUGUUAUUUACGGUUUGCCAGUUUGUUCAUUUUGCCAUCAUCAUGAAUGACAGAUUGAAACAGUUGCACCAAUAUUGUGUGGAAAUUGAAAAAGAAUAUGCGUUUUAACUUGAUAUAUCAUAUUUUCUAGUGAACGAGUUCCUACAUAUCAGUUUUUCAAUAACAAAGAUACAGUUUAAGAUAAAAACUUAACACAUCAUGUCAAGUACGUUAACAUUAUCAUUCUAAGCUUCAAAGCGAGUAUCGUGAGAUUACAAAAACAUUAGGAUGAAUUCUCUAUGAUAGGGCCUUGCACCCGACAAAAUCUGACUACAAAGAUGGAAAAUAUGAAAUUGAAUCCUUAGCAUUGAUAGUAACAUCACUAAGUGGCGGUAAAUGUCAGGGUUGUCAUCCAGUAUAACAGCGGGGUGACACGUAGCUUUGUGUAACACGAGUGUGUGAAUGUUGUAUAGUGUGUGUGUUAGGGAGAAGAGUGAAAGUGUGAGAACGUGCAUCAUCGACUGUGAGAGGUUUAAACUUUUAUUAAACAAUAUAAAUAUAUAUACAGUUGUAAUUUAUUUUUGUGUUUAUACCAAUAUCAUGUGAAAUUGAAACAUUACAAAAGAUGAGUUGCGAACACUAAAGUGAAUAAAAUAUGAAAAAAAA